UGACCAUUUGAACAUUCAUCAAUUAUGUAUCUCAUCACUUUCUAUCAGGUGAAUGAAUGGCUUACGUAACCCUCUGUGCUUUUCCCCUUUUUUGCCCUUCUUUCUUUCUUUCUUUCUUUCUUCCUCUCUCCAGUUUUCUUUUCUUUUCGCCUUGACUUCCAUUCCAUUCCCAUCCAUCUUUACCUAUCAAUUACUAUUUUUCUUCUUCCUUUGAUGAAUGAAUAAUAAAAUCCACGAUACGAUACGAUACGAUACGACACGACGCCCCUCCCCGAUUUUCUAAUAACUUCUUUCUUUCUACCGCCACCACCCGUACUACUACUACUACUACUACUAU